UCUUUGUGUUUGGCUUUUUAGUCAGGUUUAAUAAGGACACGAAAAAGCGAAUUCCUCAUCUCGCCGUUACCUCAGCUGCUGGCGCAGGAGCACAACUACAGCUCCCCGGCGGGGCACCACCCUCACGUACUGUACAAAAGGACGGCGGAGGAGAAGGUCCAGCGGUACCGUGGCCACCCUGGCUCCGGCCGGGGUUAUCCCGGUCACUCCCCAAGUCACACUCCCCACGCAUCUCAGAGUGCGGAGACACAGUAUCACCAUGGAAGGUUGCAAAAGCAGCAUUUUUGUGGACGACGCAAGAAAUGUAUAUGCCCCCAAGCCUCCCACGCAGGACACCUACCUGAGAUUUGACGAAUAUGGGAGCUCGGGGCGACCCAGAAGGUCAGCUGGAAAGUCACACAAGGGCCUCAACGUGGAAACCCUCGUGGUAGCCGACAAGAGGAUGGUGGAAAAGCACGGCAAGGGGAACGUCACCACGUACAUCCUCACAGUAAUGAACAUGGUUUCCAGCCUCUUUAAAGAUGGAACUAUAGGAAGUGACAUAAACAUUGUGGUGGUGAGCCUCAUUCUUCUAGAACAAGAACCUGGAGGAUUGCUGAUCAACCAUCACGCGGACCAGUCUCUGAACAGUUUUUGUCAGUGGCAGUCUGCCCUCAUUGGAAAGAACGGCAAGAGGCACGACCACGCCAUCUUGCUCACUGGAUUUGAUAUUUGCUCCUGGAAGAAUGAACCGUGUGACACUCUAGGCUUUGCCCCCAUCAGCGGGAUGUGCAGUAAGUACCGAAGUUGUACCAUCAACGAGGACACGGGGCUUGGCCUUGCCUUCACCAUUGCUCACGAGUCAGGGCACAACUUCGGCAUGAUCCACGACGGAGAAGGCAAUCCCUGCAGGAAGGCCGAAGGCAACAUUAUGUCCCCCACGCUAACCGGAAACAACGGCGUGUUCUCCUGGUCUUCCUGCAGCCGGCAGUAUCUCAAGAAAUUCCUCAGCACACCUCAAGCCGGGUGUCUAGUGGACGAGCCCAAGCAAACAGGACAGUAUAAAUAUCCAGACAAACUGCCAGGACAGAUUUAUGAUGCCGACACACAGUGCAAGUGGCAAUUUGGAGCAAAAGCCAAGUUAUGCAGCCUUGGGUUUGUGAAGGACAUUUGCAAAUCACUCUGGUGUCACCGAGUGGGCCAUAGAUGUGAGACCAAGUUUAUGCCUGCAGCGGAAGGGACCGUUUGUGGCUUGAGUAUGUGGUGUCGGCAAGGCCAGUGCGUGAAGUUUGGGGAGCUGGGGCCACGACCCAUCCACGGCCAGUGGUCCGCCUGGUCGAAGUGGUCAGAAUGUUCCCGGACGUGCGGUGGAGGAGUGAAGUAUCAAGAGAGACACUGCAACAACCCCAAGCCUCAGUACGGUGGCAAGUUCUGUCCAGGUUCUAGCCGUAUUUAUCAGCUGUGCAACAUUAACCCUUGUAAUGAAAACAGCUUGGAUUUUCGAGCCCAGCAAUGUGCAGAAUAUAACAGCAAACCCUUCCGCGGAUGGUUCUACCAGUGGAAACCCUAUACGAAAGUGGAAGAGGAAGAUCGAUGCAAACUCUACUGCAAGGCUGAGAACUUUGAAUUUUUUUUUGCAAUGUCUGGCAAAGUGAAAGACGGAACCCCUUGCUCCCCGAACAAAAAUGACGUUUGUAUUGAUGGGAUUUGUGAACCAGUAGGUUGUGAUCAUGAACUUGGCUCUAAAGCUGUUUCAGAUGCAUGUGGUGUUUGCAAAGGUGAUAAUUCGACUUGCAAGUUUUAUAAAGGCCUAUACCUCAACCAGAAUAAAGCAAAUGAAUAUUAUCCGGUGGUGGUCAUUCCAGCUGGGGCUCGAAGCAUUGAAAUCCAGGAGCUGCAAAUCUCCUCCAGUUACCUCGCAGUUCGAAGCCUCAGUCAAAAGUAUUACCUCACCGGGGGCUGGAGCAUCGACUGGCCUGGCGAGUUCCCCUUUGCCGGGACCACGUUCGAAUACCAGCGCCCCUUCAACCGCCCAGAACGUCUGUAUGCACCCGGGCCCACCAAUGAGACCCUGGUCUUUGAAAUUCUGCUGCAAGGCAAAAAUCCGGGAAUAGCUUGGAAGUAUGCACUCCCCAAGGUCAUGAAUGGAACUCAACCAGCCACGAAAAGACACUCCCAUGCCUGGAGUACGGUGCAGUCGGAUUGCUCGGUGUCUUGCGGUGGAGGUUACAUAAGUGUAAAGGCCAUUUGCUUACGAGAUCAAAAUACUCAAGUCAACUCCUCGUUCUGCAAUGCAAGAACCAAGCCAGCAACUGAACCCAAAAUAUGCAACGCUUUCUCCUGCCCGGCCUAUUGGAUGCCGGGUGAAUGGAGCGUGUGCACCAAGUCCUGUGCUGGGGGCCAGCAGAGCCGAAAGGUCCAGUGCGUGCAAAAGAGGCCCUUCCAGAAGGAGGAAGCGGUGUUGCAUUCCCUCUGCCCAGUGAGCACGCCCACUCAGGUUCAAGUCUGCAACAGCCACGCCUGCCCUCCGGAAUGGAGCCCUGGGCCCUGGUCUCAGUGCUCCAAGACCUGUGGACAAGGAGUGAGGAAGCGUGAAGUAUCGUGCAAAAGCUCUGCUGCCGAGACCCUCCCCGAGAGCCUGUGCACCAGCCUCCCCAGACCCGAAGCGCAGGAGGGAUGUGUGCUAGGACGAUGCCCCAAAAACACCCGGCUGCAGUGGGUUGCCUCGUCGUGGAGUGAGUGCUCUGCAACCUGUGGCUUGGGUGUGAGGAAGAGGGAGAUGAAAUGCAGUGAGAAGGCCUUCCAGGGAAAGCUGAUAAGCUUCCCAGAGCGAAGAUGUCGCAACCUUAAGAAACCAAACCUGGACUUGGAAGAAACCUGCCACCGAAGGCCUUGUCCAGCCUACAACAUGGCAGCUGGAUGGUAUUCAUCGCCAUGGCAACAGUGCACGGUUACCUGCGGGGGAGGCGUGCAGAUGCGCUCGGUCCACUGUGUGCAGCACGGCCGGCCUUCCUCCAGCUGCCUGCUCCGGCAGAAACCUCCGGUGCUGCGAGCCUGUAACACAAACUUCUGUCCAGCUCCUGAAAAGAGAGAUGGAAACAGACAACCAACCAGUAACAUACAAUGUCAGAUGAUAAAGUAGCAGGAAGUAAAACUGAAGCAGGGUAUGUAUAAAAAAUGGAGGGGAGAAGGUAGGAAAACCAGUGUAGAUAGAAUGGGCAGGGGCAGGCCUCUUCAUGAUAUAGUAUUUGAACAGAGACUUCCAGGACAUGGGGAAGAUGAGCCACAUAUGAGUUUAGAAGGAGCAUGUUCCUGGUUAGAGGGAAUAGGAAAUGCAAAGGCCCUGAAGAGGGAAUAUAUGAAUCCAGUUAAGGAACAGCAAGAUGCUUGGAAUGGAAGGUAAAGAGUGGGUUAGACAAACUGAAAGGGGUCCCUGUCUGAAAUAAAGACUUCAGAUUUUACUCUGAAUAAGACAGAAGCCAGUGGCACAGAGGAACAAUAGGAUCUGGCUUGGAGGAAGAUCAUGGGCAGUUACAGUGAAGAGUAGGAGUUGCCUAGAGUAGAACAGGACUUGCCCACUCCCGUGGCUGCAGUAGUCCAGAGAGAGGGAUCCACUAGAGCAGGGGCAGUAGUGAGAAGGGGUUGGAUGCUGGGUAUAGUUUGAAGAUUGCGCCAAUAAUAUCUCUUGAUUAUUUGCGUGCAGGAUGUGAGACAAAGAAAGGACUCCUAGGUCUCUUCAAAGUCAUUUUUAAAAGCAUAAAUAACUAAUUCAUAGAAGCCCAAAUAACCAGCUACUAGUAAUCGUCAUAACUAUAAUCAGACAGAAUACUUACACUGGUAGCUCAGGGAUACAACUCUCUUCUGCUGGUGGGGCAGGGGGACCACACCCAGCAGCUGGGGGCUUCUCAGGUAUCAUCAUGACCGUACCUCCAAUUCCAGUGGUAGCCCAGGGGAGAGUAGGGGGCAGAGGCAUGGCAUGAACUAGCUUAUGUUCUGAAAGGAUCAUGGGACCACUGUGAGAUGGGUUAAAAGGGAAUUUUAGGCAGAAUCAUCAAGAUUUGACAAAGGAACUCUAGGUAAUUCUGAAUUAUAACAUGACAGGAUGCAAGAGGUUUCAGAGUCUUGCAUGCCACAUUCGAAGGUACAAUAGGAGAGUCACCAAAGGAUGCCAUUUGGGAGCCUCUAGGAAUGAAGAGGUUGGUUGAGUCAAAGCUACAGGCAGCUUAAGGCUUGCAUAGGAGGAAACCAUUCUAGGUAUGAAUGAUAAUAUGCUUUAAGAAUACAAGAAGAUGCCUAGACCCUAGUUCCUAAAAUGUACACCUAUGUUUACAUAAUUUUAUGUACAAUUUUAUGUGCAUUUGAUAUCUCCUGAGGUCCAUCUGAACAAGAAUUCCUGAUCUCUUCCUUCCAAUACAUAAUCAUACCUGUCAUCUUACUUGAACAAGCACAGAAAUUAGGAAGGACUAGUAUUGGCCUAACUUCACUCAUUAGCAAACUGGCUGUGAGAUUUAUUUAAGCCCACACAGAAUGUUGGCAGGAGGCCUCAAAUCUAGCUGGUCUUGACUCCCAAAAUAUUAGGCUCUUCAAUCCCCAAAGUAGAGUGCAUGGACCAGCAACAUCAACACCCCCUGGGAACUUGCUAGAAACAUACAAUGUCAGCCCCUACACCAGACCCUCUGAUUCAGAACCCCUGGUAGCUCCCAGCUAUGUGGGGAUGAUGGGCCAUUGAUUUUGGACUAGAUAAGACUUUUUAAAGUAACAUCCGUUGUUUCCCACCUGAUUAAAUUUUGCUAAUGGUUGCAGUCCCUUGUGGGAUCUUAAUCCUGCCCCCAUCUCAGUCCCCUACCAAAGUCCUGUGUAAUGAGAAGAACCACACAAGGUAGGUGGGCCCAAAGUCUUUGUUCUUACCUUAGGAAAAAGGCUGACAGCUGUGACUACCAUGCUGACUGUGUUUUCUUGUUUUAGAGGAUCCAUCCUGUGUGGAUUUCUUUGCCUGGUGCCACCUGGUUCCUCAGCAUGGUGUGUGCAACCACAAGUUUUAUGGUAAA